GUACAAGUAAACAUAACCUUCCACGCAAAGAUGCCAAGGGAUGCUGGCGCUAGCGGCUAGAGGGCUAGGGGGAGAGGGGAUACGCUGAUACGCACACGGAUAUGUGCGUAUCCCCUCCACGCGCUCUAAGCGUGCUAUUGCAUAUUGUGUCUGGCAUCUGGCAUCUGGCUCUGGCAUCUCUUAUCUCUGCUUCUGCUUUUCUCGUGCAACUUUGUUCAAUUUGUUUGUGUGAUUGGGCCAAUAUUUGGAGGCAUCUCUUUCAACAUUCGAUAUCAAUACACGUUUUAUAUAUAAAUAUCAUAAAAAGUUUGGAUAACAAAUAUACAUUAAUAUUAAGUGGUAUAUCCGGAAAAAGUUUACACGCUGCGUCCGUUUUAUUAAAAAUUUAUUUGUCUUAAGAUGUAUUCUUUAACUCACAAAACAGAAAAUGCACACGAGGAUAGUAUAUGGACUUGUGCAUGGGGUUGUCCAAAGAGGAAGAAAGAUAUUCAACCAGAUAAUGAAGAUUCACGAGAUUCUAUACGAUCCAAUGAAGAUGAGAUUGCGGAAUAUUUAGUAACAGGUUCUGUAGAUGAUGCAGUAAAAGUAUGGGAACUGAGAGAUGGUGCUUUGAAGAUAAAGCAUAAGUUAACUGGACAUUCUUUAGGAGUAGUGUCCAUAGCUGUCAGCUCGGAUGGAUCAAAAUGUGCUUCUAGUUCCCUUGACUCGAGUUUGAAAUUAUGGGACUUACAAUCUGGAGACAAAUUAUCGAGUAUUGAAGUUGGCCCAGUAGAUAUUUGGACCGUUGUCUUUUCUCCAGAUGAUAAAUUUAUUGUUUCUGGCAGUCACGCUGGUAAAAUACAUUUAUAUGGAACUGAAAGUGGUAAACAAGAACAAACAUUAGAUACAAGAGGUGGAAAAUUUACACUGAGUGUUGCUUAUAGUCCUGAUGGUAAAUAUAUUGCAAGUGGUGCAAUUGACGGGAUUAUUAAUAUCUUUGAUGUUGCCUAUGGAAAAGUUUUGCGUACAUUAGAAGGUCACGCAAUGCCUAUCAGGUCUCUGUGUUUCUCGCCAGAUUCUCAGCUGCUCCUUACAGCAUCCGAUGAUGGACAUAUGAAGUUGUACGACGUCAAGGAUGCAAAUCUAGCAGGAACAAUGUCGGGUCAUGCUUCUUGGGUGCUCGGCGUGGCUUUCUCACCAGAUGGUCAGCAAUUUGCAUCAAGCAGUUCUGAUCAUACAGUCAAGAUCUGGGAAUUAGCACAAAGACAGUGUUUGCAUACAUUUGAUGAACAUAAAGAUCAGGUAUGGGCAGUAAAAUAUAAUCCACAACGAAAUAACGUGAUUGCAUCAGUAUCUGAAGAUAAAUCCAUUAAUUUGUAUGAAUGUCCGAUAUAUGAUAAGUAAUAUUGUAAGGAUUAAUAAAUAUUUUUUAUUUGCGCUACAUUGUUUAUUCUUUAAUAGUUGCAGACAAUCGAUAACACAUCUCUUUAGAGUUUACGAUAAAAAAGGGUAUUUUUAGCUAUAAAUUUUAUUGUACUGCAAGUAAUGUACAAUUUAAUGUACAAAUUAUAAUGAUAUCUGGCGAAUUUAAAGCGCAAAAUGUAACGAAAGUUGUUCUUAAAACCUAGAGUGGAAAUAAUGUUACAAAAAAAAAUUACAAUAAUCUCGUAGUGUACAGACCAAAUAUGUUUUAAGAAACAACGCAAAGAUACCCUGAUAUGGUUCCAAGUUGGCAGGGUUAAAUCUAAUUAACUCGAACUGGAACAGGGCAAAACUGUUUACAUAGAAGAAAUCUCUUAAUUAAAAAUUAAAUAUAUAAUUCUAAUACACAUGCCAAGUAAUCUCUCCUUUCGAUGAGAAUUCGACAAUGAUACGAUUCCCGCAGAAGGAAAAUUGACACGAUAAGGAAAAU